GUUAUUGAAUAAAUACUCCCAAGGGCUACCCACUCCCAAGUUGUGUUUCUUAUCAACUAGCAACUAUUGUACCUCUCCUCGCGCUAUUGUCGAAGAUGGCAGCUCUUGCAUCGUUACCCGAUGUAGAUACUGAUGCCUUUUCUGGUAUAUGCGGUACUAUUUCCAUCGUGGCAUGGGUUGUUGUAUUCAGCCCGCAGAUCUACAAGAAUUUCCGUCGAGGUUCAUGUGAUGGUCUAUCACUUCACUUCCUCGCGGUAUGGCUACUGGGCGACAUUUUUAAUGUCGUUGGUGCUGUACUUCAAGGCGUCCGGCCGACCAUGAUCAUCCUUGCUAUAUAUUUCACUGUAGCCGACGUAGUGUUGUUGGCUCAAUGCUUCUUCUACAGAGGCUUGACAUGGAAGGAUGAUACUAGUGCGGCACCACACACGCUGAUGCCAAGCGAAACAGAAGAUCCGAACGAAAGAACAUCACUACUGGAUGAACACAUGAUAGCUAACGAGAGGCGAAGCCCAGACGAGAACAAUAAAAACAAUGAGACUAAUGCAUUUGGAGAGCAUGCGAAUCCUAUUGCACGUACCUGCUUGUACAUGUAUGUCCAAAACAUAGCGAUGGUUUUUUUGGUUUGUACAACAGGCAUAGUUUUCUGGUACACAAGUCACGAGUCCACGAACCACGAGGGUCUAGCACCUGGUCGGGAGAUCCCCAAGUUCGACAUUUGGGGUCAAAUAUUCGGUUGGCUUUGCGCCGCACUUUACUUUGGUUCACGCUUCCCCCAAUUGAUCCUGAACUGGCGUCGAAAGUCUGUGGAGGGGCUGUCGGUAUUGUUUUUCCUUUUCGCUUGCUUGGGAAAUUCUACAUAUGUCUUGUCAAUUCUUGCGUUUGACUCGACUGGCACUGUUUCGAACAGCUGCCUUGAGUCCUGUGAAGCGCGGGAACUCUAUGGUAAGCAUAUACUGGUAAACCUUCCCUGGCUGGUGGAUGGCCUAGGCACGAUGCUUCUUGAUGGAGCGAUCUUCGCCCAAUUCCUGCUUUACGGCGAAGUCAAGCCCAUUCGGGAUGAAGUGUAGGGUCGAAUACUGGGCUGAAGACGCAUUCUUGUGGAGCGUGGACCCGUGCAGAUCGCUUGUAAUAUCCAUUCUGAGGUAGUGAGACGCAUGGAGAGGCGAGACAGCCUUGCAAAUCAGACCUCUAAGACACGUCCACGAAGAAUAUCAUAUCAUUGCUGCAAUCCGUAGGUGGCGCUAAAGAUGGAGCAGGUUUAGCUCUAAAUUACUGUGGCAAUCUCCUGUUGUAAACACGUGUAACUAUGUGUGCCGGU